AUGUCAGAAGACAAGAUCACCGGGACCUUGGCUUUCACUGUCUUCACUGCUGUGCUGGGUUCCUUCCAGUUCGGAUACGACAUCGGUGUGAUCAAUGCUCCUCAAGAGGUGAUAAUAUCCCAUUAUAGACAUGUUUUGGGGUUUCCACUGGAUGACCGAAGAGCUACCAUUAACUAUGACAUCAAUGGCACUGACACCCCACUCAUAGUCACGCCAGCAUACACAACACCAGCCCCCUGGGACGAAGAGGAGACUGAAGGAUCUGAUCACAUAGUCACUAUGCUCUGGUCGCUGUCUGUGUCCAGCUUCCCAGUGGGCGGAAUGAUCGCCUCAUUCUUUGGUGGGUGGCUCGGGGACAAACUUGGAAGGAUUAAAGCCAUGUUGGCCGCAAACAGCCUCUCGUUGACUGGAGCCCUCUUAAUGGGGUGUUCCAAGUUCGGACCAGCACACGCCCUCAUCAUUGCUGGAAGAAGCAUAUCAGGACUGUACUGUGGGCUAAUUUCAGGACUGGUUCCAAUGUACAUUGGCGAGAUCGCUCCAAUCACACUCAGGGGUGCCCUGGGCACUCUUCACCAACUGGCCCUUGUCACAGGCAUUCUUAUUAGUCAGAUUGCUGGCCUCAGCUCUAUUCUGGGCAAUCAGGACUAUUGGCACAUCCUACUUGGUCUAUCUGCUGUACCAGCUCUCCUGCAGUGUCUGCUACUCCUCUUCUGUCCAGAAAGCCCCAGAUACCUUUAUAUAAAGUUGGAAGAGGAAGUCAGGGCAAAAAAAAGUUUGAAGAGACUACGAGGAACUGAGGAUGUCACCAAAGAUAUUAAUGAGAUGAAGAAAGAAAAGGAAGAGGCAUCAACUGAGCAGAAGGUCUCUGUGAUCCAGCUUUUCACGGAUUCGAAUUACCGACAGCCCAUCCUUGUGGCGCUGAUGCUGCACAUGGCUCAGCAGUUCUCUGGAAUCAAUGGGAUAUUUUACUAUUCAACCAGCAUUUUCCAGACAGCUGGCAUCAGCCAGCCUGUGUAUGCAACCAUUGGUGUUGGUGCCAUUAACAUGAUCUUCACAGCUGUCUCUGUGCUACUUGUGGAGAGGGCGGGGCGGCGGACCCUGUUCCUAAUCGGGAUGAUCGGCAUGUUUUUCUGCACCAUCUUCAUGUCAGUGGGACUUGUGUUGCUGGAUAAGUUCGCCUGGAUGAAUUACGUGAGCAUGACAGCCAUCUUCCUCUUCGUCAGUUUCUUUGAGAUUGGGCCAGGUCCAAUCCCUUGGUUCAUGGUUGCUGAAUUUUUCAGCCAAGGACCCCGUCCCACGGCUCUGGCACUGGCUGCCUUCAGCAACUGGGUCUGCAACUUUGUCAUCGCCCUCUGCUUCCAGUACAUUGCGGACUUCCUCGGGCCUUACGUGUUCUUCCUCUUUGCUGGGGUGGUCCUGGCCUUCACCCUCUUCACAUUCUUUAAAGUUCCAGAAACCAAAGGAAAGUCUUUUGAGGAAAUCGCUGCAGAAUUCCGGAAGAAGAGUGGUUCGGCCCCACCACGCAAAGCAGCUGUACAAAUGGAGUUCCUGGCUUCUUCAGAGACUGUGUGA